GAUUCCAGUCAGAAUGGUUUUUCUUCUCCUGAUCUUUCUGAUUGUGAUCCACAGGGGUUACAGUCAGAAGGAGAAUGUGAGAUACAGUCCUCCACACAUCUGUGCACUAAAGAACUCAUCAGUGAUAAUCAACUGCAAUUUUACGUACCCUCCUGAACGUUCUAUCAUGAAAACGUUCUGGACCAAAACAAAAAAUAGGAAUACUGAUAACGAGUUUCCAGAUCUGUCUGAGGACCCUGAAUACAGUCAGAGGCUUCAGUAUCUGGGAGAUAAACAGAAGAACUGCACCAUGAGACUGAGUCAUGUGACACAGAAAGAUGAACACAAGUACUAUUUCAGAUUCAUCACUGAUAAAGCCAAUGUGAAAUGGCUUGGUGAACCAGGAGUGACUCUUACUGUUUUAGAUCUUCAGGUGGAGUCUCCUGAGAGAGUGACAGAGGGAGAUUCAGUCCGUCUGACAUGUAAAAGCAGCUGCGCUCUGACUGACAGAGCAACAUUCAUCUGGUACAGAAACUCACAGCCAUUAACUGAGAGAAGAGACAGAAACAAUAUACUCCUGCUGCAGUCAGUCAGAAGAGAGGAUGCAGGCAGAUAUAGCUGUGCUCUACAGGAACACACUUACAUCUCUCCUGAGGUUCAUCUCAAUGUCGUGUACCCACCCAGGAACGUCUCUGUGUUCAUGAAUGGAUCUGGUGAAAUAGUGGAGGGAGAUUCAGUGACUCUGAUCUGCAGCAGUGAUUCAAACCCACCUGCAGAAAUCAGCUGGAUUAAAGGAGGAACAACUGUAGGAUCUGGAAGAAUCUACAACAUCUCAAAGAUCAGAUCUGAUCACAGAGAAGAAUACAAGUGCAAGUCCAGAAAUGAACAUGGAGAGAAAUACUCUGAAGCUGUGACUUUAAACAUCAUGUGUGAGUUAGUGAGUUCAGUAACUAUCACAUUAAAUUAUUUUUUUUAUAUGAUUGUUAGUGAUAUUUGCCUAUUUUAGA